GUGCCCUAGCCCGAGCCUCCCAGUCCGCCCGCGCGUCCUACUCGGCGGGCUCCCGGUGGCCGCUUCCCGCCCGCUGCCCUCUGCUGCCAGUCCCCUGUCCCGGGCAAAGCCCAUCUGGUCAGCUGAGCAGGCCGGAGCUGUUGGGAGUGGCGGAUCCUCCCACCCCAGCCGGAUCCGGGCCAUGGCCGAGACUGGAGAGGGACUGCCAGAGGAGGUGCUGGCACUCAUCUUCCGCCACCUGCCCCUGAGAGACCGUGCUGCCGCCGCCAGGGUCUGCAGGGCCUGGGCCGCCGCUGCUACCUGCAGCACCGUGUGGCACGACACAAAAAUCAGUUGCGAAUGUGAGCUGGAAGGCAUGCUGCCACCUUAUCUGUCCGCCUGCCUGGACCACGUUCACAACCUACGGCUGGAAUUUGAGCCAUCGAGGGAGGCGAGCCGCCGGGCGGCCAUCGAGCUGCUGAUGGUUCUGGCGGGCCGUGCCCUGGGGCUGCGAGGCCUGUGCCUAGAAUGCCGCGGAGAAAAGCCGCUCUUCGACGCGGGCCGCGACGUCCUGGAGGCUGUGCACGCUGUGUGCGGGGCGGCCCGCGAGCUACGCCACCUCGACCUGCGGCGCUUGCCCUUUACACUGGACGACGCGCUAGUGCUGCAGGCGGCGCGCGGCUGUCCCGAGCUCCACAGCCUUUUUCUGGACAACAGUACCCUAGUGGGCAGCGUGGGUCCCGGCUCAGUGCUCGAGCUACUGGAGGCCUGCCCGCGCCUGCGCGCUCUCGGCCUGCACCUGGCCAGUUUGUCGCACGCCAUCCUCGAAGAGCUGGCGGCGCCAGACCGCGCGCCUUUCGCGCUCCUGGCUCUGCGGUGCGCGUGCCCCGAGGAUGCACGCGCGUCCCCGCUGUCCAACGAAGCCUGGGCAGCGUUGCACCGCCGCCACCCUGGGCUGGCAGUGGAGCUAGAGCUGGAGCCCGCGCUGCCCUUUGAGAGCGUGACGCGCGUCCUGCAGCCAGCGAUCCCCGUGGCUGCUCUGCGCCUCAACCUCUCAGGCGACACCGUAGGCCCAGUGCGCUUCGCAGCGCACCACUACGCCUCAACCCUGUGCGUGCUCGAGGUGCGCGCAGCCGCUUCAGCCGAGCUGAACGCCGCGCUGAAGGAGCUGGCGGCGCGCUGCGCGGCCCUGCGCGAGGUGCAUUGCUUCUGCGUGGUGAGCCACUCGGUGCUGGACGCCUUCCGCGCGCACUGUCCGCGCCUGCGCACCUAUACCCUCAAGCUCACGCGCGAGCCGCAUCCCUGGCGGCCCACGCUCGUGGCGUGAUUGGGAGACUUCUCUUCCCCGUCCCCGCAGACGUAAGCGCUCCAAGAUGGGACGGAUGUGCCCAGGCGCGCCCCGACUGCUAGAGCCUUCUUUCGGGAUUGUUGCCACCCCGGGUCUUUACGGAGUUAGGAACUGUGAUGGCAUCGGGACCAGUCCUGGGCGUUCUCAGACCACUCUCUGCUAUCACCCCCUGCAGACGCCCCACCCGCUCGGUCCUGGACACACUGCCCCCCUCUCUUGCCUCCACCCCUCUGCGGACUCUGCAUCUCUGCGGCCCUGGCGAGGGGAGAGGGAGGGCACGGGCGCGGGCCGGGCUUCAGGGGUGAGUGUGAAAUAAACAAAUCCUGCAGUGUU